AUGAGCAAGGUGUACAUUGCGCUGUUCACCUGCUGUGUGACACGCGCGGUUCACUUAGAGUUAGUGCACGAUUUGAGUGCAGCGACAUUUCUGCGCUGUUUAAGAAGAUUUUUUGCAAGGUUUGGAACACCGAAACUUAUUGUUUCUGACAACGCCAAAACAUUUAAAGCCGCAAAAAAGACGUUGCGCGACUUAUUUCAAUGCGAAGAAGUAGAUAAUUGCCUUAGCGCUAAGAACAUUGAGUGGCGAUUUAACCUAGAGAGGGCCCCAUGGUGGGGAGGGUUUUUCGAAAGGAUGAUAGGGCUAGUGAAAGUCUGUUUAAGGAAAGUUUUGGGCAAUGCAAAACUUACUUUCGACGAACUGACAACUGUUCUAGCUGAAGUUGAAGCUAAUUUGAAUUCUAGACCCUUAACGUAUGAGUACGAGGAAGUGAAUAGUGAAGUACUUACUCCUGCACAUUUAGUCUAUGGUAGGCGCAUCGUGACAUUACCCGAUAGCAAGGACUCAAAAAUUAAUGAUUUAGGACAAGAUUCGACUAGAACAAACACUAGGACACGAUUCAAACAUUUAAGUACCAUACUGGAGCAUUUUUGGAGCAGGUGGAAACGGGAGUAUCUCACGAAUCUUCGGGAAUUUCAUAAGGUUGGGAUGGCAGACAAACAGUCGGCGAUAAUUAAGCCAGGGGAUGUGGUCAUUGUGUUUGAGCAGGGUAAGAAAAGGGGGGAGUGGAAGACAGGUGUGAUUCAGGAAUUGAUUUGUGGCAAGGAUAAGGUCGUUCGUGGUGCAAGGGUUUGCGUGAUGACAAACGGUCGUCGCCAGGUGUUGAAUAGAGCGAUUCAGCAUUUAUAUCCAGUUGAGGUUAAAGACGAGAGUAAGGUUGAAGGGUUGUUAAGGAGGAUAUAG